GCCACUACCGCCGCGCACCAGCGAGCCGCAGCCGGGAGGGAAGCGCACGCCUCGCCCGCCACUGACCGGGGGGAUUUACGGCAAGUGGACGUACGCAGCUGCUGCGGAGGAACAAGUCGGGAAUCUCCUGGGAGGAGGAGGAGGAGGAAAAAUAAGAAACGGGGCAAAGAGAGUAAAAGAAAGAAGGAGGAGGAGGUGGUGAAGGAGGAAGAGUGAAGUUUUCAGCCCGCUUCUCUUCUUCUUCGUGUCUCGGUGUGUUGUCGCUUCAAGCCUGAAGUCGCGAUCUCUACCGAAACUCAGCCGGGAAACUCACUCACCCCGACACCGGCAUUUAAAAAAAAUUAUUAUUUCACAAUCCACAAACUGAGCACAGCCGCGGCCUGGAUAAAACUUCACCAUGGGGGAACCUCUUAGAGUGACGACUGACUGCAGCUGAUUAUCUUCAGUAGCACCAGGACCAACAUUUGGAUACAGUUUUCACCAUCUCUAGUGAAGCUGUUGGAAAGCUCUGUGCAAAGCCAUCAAGACGACAGGAUGACUGAGGUGUGUUCCUGCGUGGUCAAUACACAUCUCAUCGAAAGUAUCAGACCGCUGAUCAUCAGAGGUUUCCCAAAACAAAGACUUGGACUGUAAUAUUACUUUUUUGGACUUUUAUUUUUAAAUUUUUUGAAAGUGAACAACCUUCGAAUCUUCUACAUGAGCCACAGCAAUGGACUAGAGGCCCAUGUGUAGCAGGACAGCUGUCACAGCUUGUGGAAUAACGUAGCCCCAGACUGUUGGGGACUCACUUCCUCAGGGGGGCACAAGGGAUCUGAUCCCAGCCCCGACCUGCCCUGUCAUCCGACCAUCCCACCUAUCUGAAGGCAGGCCCCGCUAUCCAAUGGCAUGGGUCAAGUUCUUCAGGAAGCCGGGGGGCAAUCUGGGGAAAUCUUACCAGCCGGGGAGCAUGCUGUCUCUGGCCCCGACCAAAGGACUUCUGAACGAGCCGGGCCAGAACAGCUGCUUCCUCAACAGCGCUGUGCAGGUACUAUGGCAGCUGGACAUCUUCAGACGCAGUUUGAGGCAGCUUCCUGGACACUUCUGUUUAGGAGACUCCUGCAUCUUUUGUGCAUUAAAGGGCAUUUUCUCCCAGUUCCAGCACAGCCGAGAGCGAGCCCUGCCCUCUGACAACCUGCGUCACGCCUUGGCAGAGACCUUUAAGGACGAGCAGCGCUUCCAGCUGGGCUUCAUGGAUGAUGCCGCAGAGUGCUUUGAAAACAUACUGGAGAGGAUCCACCUGCACAUUGUGCCUGAGGAGACAGAUGCCUGCACUUCAAAGUCUUGCAUCACGCAUCAGAAGUUUGCUAUGUCACUUUAUGAGCAGUCUGUGUGCCGUAGCUGUGGGGCGUCAUCCGACCCGCUGCCGUUUACUGAGCUGGUGCAUUAUGUCUCCACCACCGCACUCUGUCAACAGACGCUUCAGCGCAGAGAAGAGUCCUUCGGGGAUCUGUUACAAGCAGCGAGUACGAUAGGGGACCUUCGGAACUGUCCUAGCAACUGUGGUCAGAGGAUUAAGAUCAGACGGGUCCUCAUGAACUCCCCAGAAAUAGUGACCAUCGGCUUCGUGUGGGACUCUGACCAGUCAGACCUCACCGAGGAUGUUAUCCGCUCCCUCGGACCUCAUCUCAGUCUCUCUGCACUCUUCUACAGGGUAACUGAUGAACAUGCCAAAAAGGGAGAGCUGCUGCUCGUGGCGAUGAUCUGCUAUUCCAGCCGCCACUACUGUGCCUUCGCCUUCCACACCAAGUCCGCCAAAUGGGUCUUCUUUGACGAUGCAACCGUGAAAGAGAUCGGCACCAGGUGGAAAGAUGUUGUCACCAAAUGUAUCAAAGGCCACUUCCAGCCUCUCCUCCUCUUUUACGCCAACCCUGACGGCAGUGCUAUCACCGCGGAUGAGGUCUCGAGACAAAACAGCAGCCCGUCACAAGGACAAGCAGGCUUUGAUUCUCCAGUGUCAGUCCCCAAGAAACUGGACCUCACCAGGGAGAACCUGAACGCUCUGCUGGGCCAAGGCUCUUUCAAACAGAAAACCCCUUCGACCUUCAGCAGGGGCAGCGCUCAGACCAGCGGAGGACGUGCAGCAGUGAACAUUGGCACCACUGAUCCCAAGAGCCGCAUCAGGGACCUUUCUCGGGAAGUCGCCCAGAGAGCAGGAGAGGUGCGGGGGAUGCAUCCAUCCAGACGAGAGCCUGACAGGAGCGGUCAACGGAGGGUGGAGACGCGCUACAGAGAUGAGGACAGGACCUACUCCCGCUCCGUCUCCCCUCCAGAGAACGGCUUCAAACAGCACCUGGAGACUCGCCUGUACAGCAGCCAAGGAAAAGGUCCCACACGGACUGAGCGGACGCCCCACCUGGGCGGACGAUCCUCCCACGAACCCUCUCGCUCUCACUCCAGAGUCCAAGUGCUUCCCAGUGUGCCCAGUGUCGGCGGUGGCCAUCAUAGCCGUCGGAUUGACCAGGUCUCCAACGGAUAUGACACAGACAGCAGCCAGGAGUCCAGAGAGCGUCCUGGAAGUGCAGCGAGCAGUCGCAGCAGGGCCAGCCGCCCGUGGAAACCCAUGCGGGAGGCGCUAAAUGUGGACAGUGUGUUGAGUGGCGCCGGUGAUGGAAACUCGCCAAUUCAAGAGCGACGGCAGCACAGCCCACGGAGAAGACCCAGCAGUCAGUCGCCUACACGUGACCGCGAGCGAGACCGAGACUUCACAUGGGGAGGCCGGGAGGACCGCAAACCCAAGAACCUGAUGACCAUCUACGAGGAUGAGCAGAGGCACGAGACCGGUGGCAGCCGGAGCUCGCUGGACUCGGACAGCCGGGGCGCCUACAGCGACAAGGACAGGUCGAAGGGCUCAGCAGCUUUGAAAGUGCGGGGCGACAACUGGAAGAUCCAGCGAACAGAGUCUGGAUACGAGAGCAGCGACAGACUCAGCAACGGCUCAGCGAACCUCGACUCCCCCGUGGUGGAGAACUUCUCCUCCAUGGACCUGCGGCCUAUACCCGAGCUGCAUCUGACGAGGGAUCACUUCCCUCACAGAAGCAGCGAUGACAUUCUGCACUCCACAUUUUCCACUGAUCUACAAAAUGCAAACGUCCUCACUGCUCAGCUCAUACAAAGAAGAGGGGCCUUCCGCUACACCCCCGGGAUCUUGGACAAGAACCUGGACCUGGACAGCGAACACGAGGAAAAUGUCGACGGCAGCCCCGCGAGUCCCGUGCCCCCUUACUUAGCCAAGACCAGCAGCUCCGAGUGGAACAGCUCCGAUGACCUCACCGGGCCCUUCUCUGAACAGGAGGAGACGGGCACUGCCGGCGACCUUUACAUGCACAACCCUCCCCCUCCCCUGCCCCUCAAGACCUUUGGCUACAAUCACACUGACCCAUCUGCCGUCCACUCGCAUCCACCGGAGGUGCCGACGUGGUCGACCGCCCGCAACGAACCCAGAAACGGUUCGUCCCCGCUCUCGCACACCCUCCUCCGUCGGUGGAUCGAGACACCGGCCGAGCACAGGCUUUCAUCCGGUGCCAGCUCCAAGUCGGGGUCGUCGGACCAGGACCGGAACGACCUGUCGGCCAGCGAGAGCGACGAGAGGCUGCCCAGUCCCAAGCCCAGACGCGCUGAUGGUACGCGCUCCCCCACUCUGUCAGAACGGGCUCUUCCCACUACUUACUUCUCUGUUGAUAACUGCAUGACAGACACUUACCGGGCCAAAUACCACAAGAAGCCGGCUGCGUACACAAAAGCAGAGGAGCCUGCGUCAUCGGGGGAGAGUGAUGCUGAGGGGAGGGGGCUGGCGUUGCCAGAUGUUCAACCCCCAGUGCCCUCCAAACUCCGAUCAGAAUCAGGCUACUCCACCACUAAGACGACUGCAAAGUGGAAUCCAGUUACUCCAAAAGGACUCGACGAGCAUGGUUUCCUUUGAUUAUAGCAAAAGCAUCAAUGGACGUUGACCGGAGGCCACGAGGAGCCGUCACGCACAGUUUGACUCCUUCCAACUGGGAGGUGUCUUCGCUUAUGAGCUGCUCCUCACCGCGAGCUGGACAGGAAGCGGGUGCCAAAGAGAUUGUAAAACGAACGACAGGUGUCCUUAAUAGCCAUGUGGCCCUUUUCUCGGUAUGAAAAGCUUUUGAAUGAAACUAGAAUUUGCACAGUACACGGCACCAUAAAGGUACAGAAACAUGCCCGACGGUAGAUUGCUGUGAUGUUUUGGGGCUGUGUGCUCCGGGGCAAGGAGUCGGGUCAGAAGAGAAUGUAUCACGAAACGUCACUUUACCACACAGCAGAUUACAAGAUUUAUUUUACAUGAAGAAUUAUCCGAUGUCUUGCAGUUUCUACUUCCUCCUCCUCUAGGGAUUGACUAUUUGUUUAGCUUCUCCCAUGUCAGUGUUAAAAGGUGCCUGCCCCUGUCUUUUGUUAAGACCUGGAUUUUGAAGAAGACAAGGUUCCAGUGAUAUUAUAAUAUAUUUUCGGUGCAUAUUAAACACUGGGCACUCUUUUUUUCACGACUUAAAAAUGGAUCCCAAGGAUCUGUGGGAAUAAGAAGCAGGGACACCCACAUUGGUUAUUUCUUUGGUCUCCUCUGGCACGUUAUGGCGACAAAGGCCAAAACUUUUAAUCUUGUCGGUGCAUGGUUUCAAAUGACCUCUGCGAAUAACAAGCAAAGGUUUUUUUUUGGUCUCACACUUUUGUCAA